AUGGCCAAGUAAAGUUAGCUACAGAUUUGUUCCGCUACAUUCUAGUAUUUUCUGUGGCCGCACAUUUGGGAAACGUAGCAAAAAAAACCUUACAUAUUUGUUGCUUAUCAGAACGUAAUUCGUCAGUUAUCAUUUUCGAGACAACGCUUUAAACGAAGCGAAUAAAAUUCUCCACGUUAGUUUCUGACUUUUAAACUAAACUCCAUAUUAAGUAUAUGAUUUGUUAGAUGUUGUGUUUCAGCCGUUGUCUACACUCUCACGUAACGGAACUGUAUAAAUUAUUUUUGUAUUAGGAAGCUAAGACACCGUUACACGCAGGUUACUGACCGCACGCUGCUCUUGCAAUUAUUUGGACAAAGAUUGUAUUUUAUGACCUAUGAACUACAACCCUCCUCCGACCCCAUAAGGACUGCAGCGUGCAGCGCGGUCGCCAGACGCUCGCUUAGAGAACUGAAAGCGGUAGCUGUUUAGCUAACGAGCUGCGCGCGCUGUUCGGUGACGCCAUACUGACAGCUGGAGGCUGGCUCGGCCGCGCUUCGGCUCCGUGUCACUGCCAUGGCGUUUCAGAUGUCAUUUGCCUGCCGCGCUAAAAGCCGCGUUGCACUGACUACGCUCUCUUACACCCAGGGGUCGAGCUGUGCUGCUCUGCAUGCUCCUGGCUUUAAAUCUGUAAUCUUUACACCAAAUGUACCGUUGCCGCGUUUCGUCAGUAAGCUAGACUGCUUGGCAUUGCCCGGACUCCGUGACCAGCAAAUUGCGCUGUACUCCGGGCUCAUAAAUCGCGGGAAAGCUGCUACAUUUUCCACUAGUGCCGCGGCUUCGUCAACGUUUUUUCAGCCGAUCGGUGGCAAUCCAUUUUUGAGCAACAGGCGAACGCUGUUGUCCAGACCGGGUCUGUGGGCUCUGCUGGGCGCCUUUGGGCUGUCUGUCGUCACUGCCUCUCUGCAUUCGAGUUCCCUCCUCGCCAUGACCUCCGGGGCCAGCACCGUUGACUUGGAUUCCCCUGACACCGACUGGAAAGAGGCCAAAAAGGUUCUCCUAUCAGCAACACAGCAGCAGAGGCAGGCAAUGUGCAGGGUGUCGGGUGUGCUCCACCUGAAGAGCAUCCCUAUCUGGACCCCUUCUGGACAAGUUACUGAAAAACCCCUGUACCAAGUUAAUGAGGCACUGAACUCCAAAGUCUCACUCCUCAGAGGUGACAUCACUCGGCUGGAAGUUGACGCCGUCGUUAACGCAGCUAACAAGACCCUGCUAGGAGGAGGAGGAGUGGACGGGUCCAUCCACCGAGGGGCGGGGCCCCUCCUGAAGAAGGAGUGCGCCACCCUGGGGGGGUGUGAGACUGGCCAGGCCAAAAUCACAGGAGCGUAUGGACUACCUGCCAAGCAUGUGAUCCACACCGUGGGGCCCAUCGCCCAGGGCGGCGUCAGCCAGCGCGAGAGAGACGCCCUGCGCUCCUGCUACCGCAGCUGCCUGGAAGUGGGCGCGCAGAAUCAGCUGCGGACAGUGGCUUUCCCGUGCAUCUCCACGGGGGUGUACGGGUACCCCCCGGGCGAAGCUGUGGACGUGGCCCUGAGCGUGGUCCGGGAGUACCUGCAGGAGAAGCACGCACAGCUGGAUCGCGUCGUCUUCUGCGUGUUCCUGAAGUCCGACGAGGAGCUGUACCAGGCCAGGCUGCCGCUCUACUUCCCCCGCGCCUUUUGACCAAUCUGAGAGCCCGAUUCAGUGACAGGCCCUCAGAUGAAGAGUAAGCUGUGAAGGUUUGCCAUGAGGAGGGAAGGAUCCACUUAUCGGCUGACUGCCGCAAACUCCUCCCCGCUCCUCCUCGCCCCCUCUGGCCCCCCCCCCCAUCCAAAUCCAAAUGCCGAUCACAUUCUCAGCGAGAUCCACCAGCGUGCAGAGCUCUAUACGCCCAUGAAAUGUUUCUUUUUACCAUCCUAGCAUCACACAGUGCAUCAAAGGAGAAUCACUGUGGCCACAAGGGGGUGUGGUGGUGCAGGAGCACAGUGGCUCCUUUGCUCCAGCGUUACCACGGUAGACGGAAAACAGCUGACGGCUGCUCUGGUGCCAGGAGGAACCGACAGAAGUAAAAUGGGAAAGUGGGAUAAAUUGGGUAGCUAGAGCACAUGGUGGGAUCUAUACCAUCUCCAGCUGUGCUGAGCUGUGUGUUUAUGUCCGCAUGUCACCAUGGGUGAGGAGCUCGGCUAAAGAACGGAACAGCAAUAAAGUGCGAUUCGCAUCUCCCAGCUCUGCACAACGGUACUGCUUUACGGCCACACGGGCCCAGAGGCUCAUUAUAAGAUAUAAUCAUUCAGUAAUGUAUUUUAAUUAUGUUAAGGAUACCAUUGUGAUCUUUGGAGUUGAUAGAGAUGGGUGUGUUAUGUAAACGAUACGUUGUGGGGAACAGAUGUCCCCACAAUGGUCUAAAAACCUGCUAAAAUGUCCCCGUGAGGGGAAUCUCAAUUUUAUAAGGGUCUGUGAUUGCAAUCGAAAAACUAAAAAUGUCUUGUAUUAUGUUUGGUUAGUUAUGGUUAAGAUUAGGGCUGGGUAGGUGGUUAAGGUGUGAUUAAGGUUUUUCCCAUAGAGAUUAAAGGAGAGUCCCCACAAUGAUAGGAAUACAAACGUGUGUGUGUGUGUGUGUGUGUCUUGGACUGUUCAGUUUAAUGGUUUCUUCACUCCCCCACAAAUCUGCUUUCUCUUCUUAACCUUGAAUGAAACAAGCCCCCCAGUAACCCUGUCGUUCUUGCUGCAAACCUGGGGAGCCUCUUCAUGCAUACAUGCGUAUAUACAUUAUUGGUUGCAAAGAGGAAUUCUGGCACCUCACAGACUCCCUCCACAUCUCAUCUCUGUUUUUGUCUUGGUAAGUUUAACAUUUCUUAUUGGCAGGAAAACUGUGAGUAAAUGCAGCUGUGACAUGUAUUUAUAUGCAUGUGAUUCGCAGUGAGACAGAGUAACGCAGUCCUGACAUUAUACACUGAUUACGGAAGGAAAUGAGGUGACCAGUUUAAUGAUAAUUGAAUAACUCAGCCGCUAAUAAAUCUGUGUAUAAUGCAGUCA